AUGCAGCAAGACCCACACUCCCCCUUCCGGCUGCCCAACGCCGGCGAAUUCACACCCGAGAUCUCUCCCCUCGACGAAUUCAUCAACCGCGGCCGCCUCCUCUCCAAGCAGCUUGGCGUCACCUCCCGCACCGGCUCACCAACCCUCACACCCCUCACCGUCCACGCCUCUCUCCGCCGCACCGGCCGCUCCCCAUCACCGCUCUCCCGCUCCCGCACCGUCGGCCGCGACUCCAUCGGCGGGCCCAUCACGGGCUACCUCAACGUCGCGCCGUGGGCCCCCGGCAGCGGCGGCCCCCAGCAACAGCCGCAACAGCCGCAGCAGCAGCAGCAGGAGGACCGCCCGGGCAGCUCGUAUCCGCGCUUCAGCACGAUCAGUAGUGCCAGCACGGAGGCGGGGGAGGAGGAGGACUACGACGAGGAUGCGAAUAGGGACUCGCUGAGGGAUAGUAACUUUACGCUGAUGGGCGGAUUCCUGAAUGCGGACCGCAACCCGCCGAAUUUGGGCAGCGUGGUGGGGAAGAGGGGGAUCGAGUUUGACCAGGUGGGCAGGGUGUCGUUGAAGCCUGUGAUUGUGGGUGAGGAUGCGGCAGGUGUGGAGGACGAUGAGCAGCAGGAGGAUGUGGAGGUGUCGCCGCGGAGCGGGAAGGUGCUGCCAGUGCAACAACAGCAGAGCCAGCACCAACACCAACACCACCAACAGCACCAACAGCAGCAGCAGAGCGGCUAUGCGGCCUACCGCGCCGGAAGUGAGAGGGGCAGGGAAUGGGGUAGGGACGGGGAGCCACAGCAGGCAGCCAGGAGGCAGCCGCCGGUACGGCAGGCGUCCGACACGGGCGACUACAGGCCAAACCAUCUGCAGCAGCCGCACCACACACACCCCCACCCGGCACGACAGGACUCGGUCGGUGCAGCAUACCCGCCGCGCCAGGACAGCACGCACAAGUACCGCCCCUACAGGCAGGACUCGAGCUCCUCCGGUGCGACAUCGAUGGGCGGGCUAUCCCGGCAGGGCUCCGCCGAGAGCGAGGUGUUCCCGCCACCGCAGCCGCGACAAGGCUCCAUUGCACCGCUGUCGAGGCAGGGCAGUGCGGAGAAUGAGAUGUUCCCGGGGAGGCAGGGGAGUAAUGCGGAUAGGCUGCACCCACACAGGAAUGACUCGAGGGGGGCAGAGGGUAGGAUAUACCCCCGCAGCCCGAACAGGCAGGGGAGCGGCCAGCAGGACGGCGGCGUCAAGUAUAUGCCGUAUCGUGCGGGGCCGCCGCCACCGCUGUUGGGGCUGGAUAGGGAUGAUAGGAGACCGUCGCUGGGACAGGCGGGGAGGAGGCCGUCGAGACAGGAUUCUCACGAGGGUGAUAGGGGCCGCAUGAUGAACCGGGGCUUGCACAGCGAGCCUCUGUACCACCCGGGCCCGCAGAGAUCGCCCACGCACUCACCCGCACCUAUGAUCCUGCCCAUGAUGGCGGGAAUGCGCGCCGAGAGCCCAGAGGGCAUGGUGGCGGAGACAUGCGGGCACGAUGACUUCCAGUUUGGGCCUCCUACUCCAUCAUACCAGUUUGAGGGACCCCCACGGCCGGGUUCGGCAGCAUCGAUGACCCCUAGUUUGUAUUCUAUUGGGGGGACACCAAAGCCUGUGUUUAACUUUUCGAGGCCACUGAGUAACAGGCCUAGUAUGGAUACUAUGCGCCCUACUCUUGAGAUCCCGGCGAAGUUGACGCCGGAGCAGAGUCCCGUGUUCCCGGAUGAGUAUUCUAUUCCGACACCUGUGUCGCUGAGUGAGGACCACACGGACCAUGAGGGCGCACCGACGGUUGUGUACUCGCGUUUCGCACUCCCGCGCGGUAGAAUGGUGGACAGGAACUCUGUUAUAUUUACUGAGCCCCAGGCUGCGACUCUCUCUUCUCCCUCAGACACAAUACCACCAGCACCACCAGCAGCAGCAGCGAUAUCAGCACCACCACCAGCAAUCCAGCAGCCAAGACCACAGCGCCCUACACUAUCACGCACACAGACCGAUACACCCUCAUCAUCAACAGAUAGACUCGCACCGGACUCCUCGUCGACCCCAAUGUCACACCUCCAGCCUUCUCCUGCCCGCGACCGCGCCGCAACAUAUAACAGCCGCUCGCCCACCGCUUCGCCAAGACUCCAGCUCCUCUCGCCCGGCCCACGACCAAACACCGCCGGCGGCGUCUCGCCGCGCACACCCCGCUCACCAGCAUUCAACAUCCCGCCUGCCGGGCCCACCGCCGCAGCACUCAGCCCCGAGGACCACGUCACCAAGGGCAUCGCGCUGCACGAGAGCGGCUCGCUCUCAGAAUCCACCUACCAUCUGCGCCUUGCAGCUAACGGGGGGCAUCCAACGGGCAUGCUGCUGUAUGCGCUGGCGUGCAGGCACGGGUGGGGCAUGAAGGAGAACCCGAAGGAGGGGGUCAUGUGGCUGAAGAAGGUGACGGAGCUGGCGUCGAGCGAGGUGGCCGACGACGAGAUGGCGGGCGAGAAGGCGGAUCUGUUUGAGAAGAAGGGAAGGAGGGCGCAGUUUGCGCUCAGUAUUUAUGAGUUGGGGGUGAGCCAUAUGAAUGGUUGGGGGACGGAGAUGGAUAAGGGGUUGGCGGUGAGGUGCUUUGAGAUUGCUGGGCGAUGGGGUGAUCCAGACGCGCUCGCUGAGACGGGCUUCUGUUACGCCAACGGUGUCGGCUGUAAGAAAGACAUGAAGAAGUCGGCAAAGUUCUACAGAAUGGCCGAGGCGAAGGGCAUGAACAUGCCCGGCAACUCGUGGAUCUGGAAGGACAAGUACCUCGACGACGAGGACAGGGCCGCAAAGAAGAGCAAGGCCGAAGAGAAGAAGGCGAAGAAAUAA